AUGCCAACUCCUAGCAGCUGGUCAUGUGUAACUCGUCCACCUGCACCUCUGAAGUGCCCAUGGCUUGUGUUUUCUCAUGGGAAGCACAAGUCCACACAGACAUUCUACAACGUAGCCGAAGAUUGCUAUUAUGUGAAAAGCAUACCUGAUAUGUGCCAAAAAUACAUAUGUGCUUCUUGUCACGGAUGGCUGGUGAUUAUGGAUAUCAACUCUGAUGACUUUUUUUUACUUAAUCCUGUUUCAAUGGAAAAAAUAGAGCUGCCACCAUGGAAUUCAUUUACGUUAGAGUCUUGUGUUUUGUCGCUGCCUCCUAGCAAUCCCAACUGCAUUGUUGUUGUUUUUGCUGCGAGUUUAGGCGAACCGUAUAUCAGGUUUUGCCGACCAGGUGAUUGCAGAUGGACUGAUUGUGAACUGGGAUCACUGCUUGAAAUGCUGAGGUUUCCUACUACCUGUAAUGGCAAAAUUUAUGGACUUACUAAAGUCAAAGGAAGUCUUGCAACCUUAGAGUUUGUUGGCUCCAAUGUAUCUGUCAGGAAAUUAGUAACGGAGAAACGUCCUUGGCCAUCCCUAGUAGGAAUUACACAGUCAGGAGCACAUCUAGUAGAAUCAGGUGGGGAGCUUUAUCUUGUCGUCACAGCGCUUGUCGGUGAAGCCGCUAAGCUUCGGGAUGUGGAGGUGUUUAAAAUGGACUUCCCAAGUUUAACUUGGUUGGAGGUGGAAAGUUUAGGUGACCGAGCAUUUUUUGUCGAUGGAAAUUGGGGAAACUCUGUUUCUUGCUCCUCUGCAGCAUCAAGAAUUAAGGGAAAUGCUAUUUACUACAUUGAUGGACGACGAGACAAGAACCUGUAUGUGUUUCAUCUUGAAGAUAGGAGCUUAUCUGUUUCUCUACCUUGUCCAAAAUUUCGUCAUCUGUUGGAUACUCUUUGGGUUAUGCCAGAAUUUCAAGAACAUGCUAAACUAGAUUAA